AUGCGCGCCAUCUUUUCCGCGUCGACAGCCACCUCGGAACUGCCAGACACGUCCACGACCACGUCGCAAGUUUCUCCUCCGCCACCAGCAGCGCCCUCAGUUUCGGUCUCUCCCGCAGAUGAGCCCACCGCACCACGCCGGAUCAAAUCGAAAUCAUCGCUACGAAGCAUUCGCAGUAUAGGAAGCAGUAGCGUGCACGAGGACGACUACGACGAUAACGACCAAUCCGAUAAGUCGCUUAUUCGCCCGUCCAUCCUCCGUCGCCUGUCGCCCGGCCUAGCUGCCCGCGUCAAGCUACUCGACGGUAGUGCCAAAACAUCAUCCUCCACCCGCAACUACGGAGCUGUCGGUCGCAUCCCUGAGGAACAUCUGAAGGAGUUGGACAGUCUGCACCAAAAUCUUUCGGUCAAAAUCGAAAAAAGAGGUCGCGUGUGGAAUGGAAUACAGCUAAUCGGCAAGCCCCAAAAUAAACAACAACUCCAGCAGUCAGCGUUGGACGUGCCUGAACCGGACCCGGUCGCGGAUUAUAUCCCUGGGUCAGAGCAGGACGUCCCGCCGCCAUCAUCCGACCGUGACGUUACAGAGGAGGUAGAGGUGGAAGACAUUCCAACAGCCAUGUCUGUGGUUGAGUCAGCCCCAGCGCCGCUGGGUCGCGAACUAGGUGAUUCUAACGUGGGAGACCAGACAGAAGGCCAGACAGAUUUCGAAAAGUAUAUCCAAAAGACCAGCGAGCUCGAAGCCAACGACGCGCCCCCUCCGCCGCCGAAAGACUCUCCCCCUCCUCAGUCGAGUGCGUCGUCACAAAGUCAGUCAUAUUUCAAUCCGAGAGGCCUGCAACGCACAGAAUCCAUUUACUCCUUCUCCCGGGCCUCCUUUAGCAACCAGAUACAACAACUUACCUCCAUCACCCUUCCUCAACCCUCGUCGCUUGCAGCUAGUAUCGCUUCAAUAUCCAACGCUCCAAAUGCCGUUAAAGCGCUGAGUGGCGCCUCGGAACAAAUUCAGAUAUGGAUCAGAAAGGCCUCGGAUGUGCUCAGUGGACUAGACGCGGAAGAUGAUGUCGAAUGGGCUGCGGCUGGUGGGCGAGAUGGCCUUGAUGGUGUCGAUAAGGCGAUUACAAAGUUUGAGAGUUUGGUGAACGUCUACGUAAAAGCCAUCGAAGCGGUGCAACUUCGUGACGACAUCGCUAAUGUCAGCACCGACAGCCUCGAGACGAUCGUUGCGCAAAUGGACGCCAUCUUACGGAGCUGGGCCCAAAUCAAGUCGCGACUUCGAAACAUCAAGGAGCAGGUCGAACUGGCCAUGGAGUGGGAGGAGCUGUGGAGCAGCGUCCUGGGCGAGGUGGGUAAAGAGAUUGACAACUUGGAUCGCCUCAUCUUCGACAUGGAGGAGAAGCGACACUUUAAUCUAUCAAGCGAAGAGCAUACGGGGAUGGACAUCAAUGAGCUGGAGACGAUUGUGGAAGAGACACCGUCCAGUGGGACACGCAACAGACGUUCCAGUGUAGGGUCCCUGUUCACCCCUCCCUCCGCCAUGGCCCCUCCUAUGAUUCAAACUCCCCAGAACGACACCAAGCACACAGAACUCAUCGGUCUCUUCGCCCGACUGCAACCGUUGCGCGCUUCUCUUGACUUUUUGCCCAUGAGACUGUCCAUGUUUCAGUCGCGCGCGGAACGUAUCUUUCCCUCUGCCUGUGCGGAAUUGGAAGACCGUCGUGACCGACUUGAAAAGGGCUACCAAGCUGUCGAAGCGGAUGCCGAGGCGCUGCAGAAGGAGCUGAUUGAGGACCGGUGGAUCAUUGUAUUCAGGAAUGCUGGCUCGCAGGCGCAAAAGAUGUUUGAGUCUGUUGAGCGAAGUAUCUUGAAGCUACAAGAGGGUCUCGAAACGGGAAUGCACCUUCACAAUCCUAGUGGGCUCACCAAGCGAAUAGAGAGCUAUGAGGCUAAGAAGCAACACUACAUUCCUGCAAUCGAGCGGGUGGUUUCAAUCAUUCAAAAGGGAGUCAACGAUAGGCUGACGGUGAACGGCGAAAUUAUACGUCUGUUGCAAAAGAUGAGCAACAAGGUUGACGCCCUCAAGGCUAGCGUCAAGGUGAUGGAUUCCUCACUUGAAGAUGUCCAACACCUGCGAACCCAGCAUAUGCGCGACUCCAUCUCCAGUAUCCUCACAAUGGAUAGUCCAGCUACGGGUAGUGUUGUUGACACCCCGGGUAGCUCACCAGCUUCUUCGAUCGUGAUGACUCCUGCAAAUAAGCCUCGUGCUUUAGGAUCGUCAAGCCGGCGCGGUAGCUCUGUGGGCUCCAAUGCUCGAGCGCCGUUGUCAGGCCGCAGAGUUUCAGGGCUACCGCAGCCAUCUUCCACCUUGACGGGGAGAAAAUCAAGCAUCCCUAGGACUAGCCUGACAGCUCCAUCUCCGAAACCGAAUGGUCUGACUACACCUACACCAGCUACGCGAAAGAGCUCACGACCCGUGCUUUCUCCCGCCAUGCUUAACCGCCCACGUUGGAAUGGCAGUGUAAACACUCACGAUCUGGAAGUCGGGCACGUGCACAAAAACCUGUCACCCUCACUACGCAAUUCAUCCCUGCCCAGUCGUAUUACCCGCCCAUCGUCGACGGUCCCAAGCCCAACCCGUCGGGAUAUGUCUGCGUCUCCCGCACCGGGUACCGGCAGGCCCGCCAGUCGUGUGUCCAGCCGCCUGGCUUCACGCAGCCCAGGGCGCACGGCGUCUCCCAUAUUCAGUCGAUCUCUUCUGGAUCCUCCUCCUUACAGCAAACUGACUCGACCACCUGGAGCAGAAAACAUGAACAAUGCGCCCCGCAGCCGACAGAGCUUUGCAGGAACGUCUUUCAGCCGCAGUGUCUCGCACGACAAGGACCGGAGUCCAGACAGCCCAACAAGUGUCGCACGCCCUGGCACGGCGCUUGGACAUUCGGGUAGCCGCCGCAUCAGCCUGCUCCCUCUUCCCAGAGGCUCCGCUCGCAAGGACACCACGCCUGCCACUCGGAGCAAACUGGCAGACCGACCUCCAUGGAGAGGCUAA